CCUUGCAGGUGCGGAGCUGCGCCAAUGAGAAGCUGGUGCCACCAUGUUCGUGAAUAAGUGUGAGGGGGACCUGGGCGAGCUGCGGAAGCCAGGGGACAGUGAGGACACCCCACCAGCCACCACUGAGGAGGAGCAGCCCAAGAAGAAGCACCGGAGGAACCGCACCACCUUCACAACCUACCAGCUGCACGAGCUGGAGCGCGCCUUCGAGAAGUCCCACUACCCUGACGUCUACAGCCGCGAGGAGCUGGCCAUGAAGGUCAACCUGCCGGAGGUCCGCGUGCAGGUCUGGUUCCAGAACCGACGAGCCAAGUGGAGGCGGCAGGAGAAGAUGGAGGCCAGCUCCAUGAAGCUCCACGACACUCCUGUGCUCUCCUUCAACCGCCCCCCCAUGGCGGCCAACGUGGGGCCCAUGAGCAACUCCCUCCCGCUCGACCCAUGGCUGACGUCCCCCAUCUCCAGCGCCACCACGGUCCACAGCAUCCCUGGCUUCAUGGGAGCACCCCAGGCCCUGCAGCCCCCCUACGGAGGGCAUUCCUUCCUCAACACCCCCCCGCCGAUGGCGCAGGGCAUGCAGCCCAUGGCCCCCGCGCCCUACCAGUGCGGCACCACCUUUGUGGACAAGUACCCGCUGGAGGAGGUGGACCAGAGGAGUUCCAGCAUCGCCUCGCUCCGCAUGAAAGCCAAGGAGCACAUUCAGACCAUUGACAAGACCUGGCAACCCAUUUGAUGACCGCUCCCCUCUGGCCCUGCCAGCUGCUGGCUCUUGCCCCCGGUGUCGACUCGGCCCCGGGGUGGGCGAGGGGGUGACGGUAGGAUGCUCAGCAGGACCA